UUCUCUCUCUUCAAACUAGACACCCACACUCUCUCUCUUUCUUAAAACCCAACUCCACCCAUCUACCACCACCUAUCCACCACUGUCCCUCCUCCCUGCAACCAUCCACCACCAAGCCUAAAACCCCAAACCACCGCCUCAAACCUGAAACAAUGACCAACAUCUUUAAACUCUUCCGAAAUUCGCCAAUCCGAACCCAUAGGAGUCACCACUCCUGAUUUCUUCCCGGAAAAAAACCACAAACACCUUUGUCGCUGCCGCACGUUACCCAGAGAAGAAACUUACACACACAGGGUUUUCUAACUUCUAGAGAGAGAAACAACACCUCACCACAGCUUUUUCCACAUCCCUUAUGAUCCUCUCUCUCCCCCAUUUGGGUUUUUUUUUUGUUUGUAUCUAAAAACCAAAUCCUUUUCAUUUCUUUUCUUGCGGCCAACGAUCUAGGGUUAUCAUCUUUGAGAUCUUGAGGUCAACAAGUUCUUUCAUUUUUUCAUUCAUUCAUUUGGGUGAUCUGUUUGGUUGGGUGUUCAAGAUUCAUAUGAUGUGUACUUUGUUUAAAAUUUCUGAUAAAGUUUGUGCCAUGGCUGAAGUGGGAUCUCAUUAUUGCUCUAAAAAGUCAGAUGAUAUUUGUGGUGAUAUUUGCAAUGAGGUUUAUUGUGGGGGUGUUGAAACUAGUGGAUGAUUGUGGCAGGUGGGGGUGGUACGAAGAGAGGAGUAGAGAGAGAAUGAGGAAAGACUGUUUUACCCUCAUGUGUGUAUCACGUGACUAGACUUAACGGACUUUUUUAACUGAGUUGUGUGUAAAGGACAAAACGUGCAACAAAAUUCUCUGUAAAGUGCAAAACUUGUCGAACAUUCGUUGAAAAGGACACCGCCUGAUAUAUGGUAUUAAGAUAAAGGACAAAACUUGUAAUUUUUCCUUAAUUAUAUUGCUGUAGAUUAGUGUCUAGUACACUGGGAAAAGUGCGUAGGCCCAAAAGCAUGAAACCGAUUCAGUACUAUUCAGCCUAAUACCUAUUAGCCCAAAACUAUUAUUUAGCCUUGUUGAUUUUGUUAAGGAUUUGGGCAUAAGAUUGAUAGUUGUUCCAUCUGAUUGGAUUUUGAAAAAGAAGACACACGGGACCUGUUUAUUCUCCAAAACCCCCAAAAUCACAUGGAACGCUAGUUUGUGACUACAACCACCGUAACGACCACCACUAGAUCAACCGUUGUUUUGACAUUGAAUUAAAUUGAUGAGGUAGUGGAUUGAGCAUUGGAACUAGAAGUUGCUGCCGAAGAGAAACAUAGUAUCGGAGAAGAAUAUCGGAAGAGGAAGAGAAUGAUCGGAUCGGAGCUUAUCUCCGGAGUUGUAUAAAUUUUUCGAAAAUAUAACCAAAUUGCCGAAUUUAUGCCAUGAGUGAUAACAGGUAUGAAGCAUCCACUAUCAUAAUAACACAGAACAAUCACCAAGAAUGUAAAUAGAAACUAUACCUACUCAUACACACACACUAAUAUCUGUGACAUGGACAGAAAAAAGGACUUAGACAAAGAUCAUGAUCGGCACAGGGAUCGUUACAGGGAACCGCGUGAGAGAAGAGAAAGGAGUCGAAGUCGAUCUCGUUAUAGGGAUCAUGACAGUGAAAAGAAUGAAAGGGGCAGCGAUAGAGGCGAUGAUGACUAUCAUAGGAGUCAAUCUCGUUAUAUGGAUCAUGACAGGGAAAGGAGUGAGAGGAGGAACAGGGGAAGAGAUAAAGAGGCUGAUGAUGUCUAUCACAGGAGUGAGAGAUUGAAAGGGGGCCGAGAUAGAGGCGAUGGUGACUAUCACAGGAGUCAAUCUUGUUAUAGGGAUCAUGACAGGCAAAGGAGUGAGAGGAGAAACAGGGAAAAAGAUAUAGACGCUGAUGAUGUAUAUCACAAGAGUGAGAGGUUGAAACGGGGCCGAGAUAGAGACGACGAUGACGAUUAUCACAGGAAUCAAUCUCGUUAUAGGGAUCAUGACAGUGAAAGUAGUGAGAGGAGGAACAUGGGAAGAGAUAGAGACACUGAUGAUGUCUAUCACAGGAGUGAUAGGUUGAAAAGGGGCUGAGGUAGAGAGACAAUGAUGACGAUUAUCACAGGAAUCAAUCUCAUUACAGGGACCACGAGAGGGAAAGGAAUGAGAGGUUGAAAGGGGUUCGAGAUAGAGAUAGCGUCCAUGAUGACUAUCACAAGAGUCGAUCUCAUUAUCGCUCAAGAGCCAAAUCUGAAAAUAGAUCAAGGUCACGGUCUCGUUCACACCUCAAAGACUAUGGGUUCGAAACAUGUGAACUACUUCUAAUUGCAUAAACUAGUUGGACUUACAUACACCUAUUGUCAUAAUAGUGGUGUGUAAUUCUGUUUACUGGAACAUGUAGUAUGCAUAUAUCUAUGCUUAAGAGGUCUACACUUAUUUUUUGGUGUUUUUAGCAAAAGUGUUGGGAAUGAACCCUACAAAGGAACAGAUGAUAUAAAGCCAAAACUGGUUCAUAACAGUGGAUCAUCAUAAAGCAGUGUUUGUACAAGUCUUUCCCCUUGACAGUGGCCCUAACAACUGAUAGAUUCCAAGUACUACUGUUCACAACUGCUGACAAGCCAAGCACUGAUGAAGAAUAAAGACUGAAGCUCAAUCUACUGACGUGUCCUAAGUACUGUUGAAGACCAAAGCUCUGCUCAUUCAAAGGACUGAUCAUCUAUUGAAGAAAGCACUGAUGCUCAACAUCAGUGCUUAGGCUACAACAGUGGAAUGAAGAAUCAGUGUUUUAUUUGUGUAUUGUCUUAGGUAAUCAGUAGUUUAGUAAUCAGUGGUUGUAUAGAUCAGUGGUUGUAGUUUGUUAGGAAGUUAGAUAUCACUUUCAUGGUGACGUCAGCCGAAGAUGCUCAGUGGUUGUGUUGUACUAUAAAUAGAACAGUACCAUGUACUGUUCUGUUAGCUCUUUUCUUCUAAGUCAUUCUGUACGAACAAUUAGUGAGCUCAGGCUGAUGGGGAGACUUGUGCAUG